AUCAGCCCUCCUUCGGUUCACGGCGUCAUGGAAGUGAAAAAUGCCAACGCUGCCAUGCUCAGUAAUUAUGAGGUGUUCCAGCUGCUGACUGACCUGAAGGAGCAGAGGAAGGAGAGCGGGAGGAACAAGCACAGCGUGGGACAGCAGAACCUGAACACCAUCAUGUACGAGACGCUGAAGUACCUGUCGAAGGCGCCGUGCAGUCGGCAGAGUCCGGAGAUCGUCAAGAACUUUCUCACCACCAUGAUGCCACACAAACUGACAAAAGCAGAAAAACUGCAGUUGUUGAACCACCGGCCACAAAGUGCAGUGGAAAUCCAACUAAUGGUGGAGGAGAGUGAAGAGCGUUUAUCGGAGGAGCAGAUCGAGGAGCUCAUUCAGACAGUCGCAGGCGUCCUGCCCGGAGAUCCGGAGCAGGAAAACAAGGCUCCGGCAGACGAAGGCAGAGAACAGUCGUGAUAGAGCGGCGGGCCAGAGCUGGUCUGGAGAUCAAACUAUAGCAGGACUGGACUGCGUCGCUUCAGCGGGAAAAACUUUACUGAGAGGUCCAUGUGAGGGUUUCUGUUCUAUUGAUUUGUUCACAUGCAGCUGGAUUGAAGUCAGCUUUCCUAUGUUGCAGCCACAGGUUUGAAUUGAAAGAACUUUAUCUGUAUUUUUCAUCAGACAACACUGAGUGAGCCAUCACACAGGUGGAACAUGAGCGUGACUCCUGCCUCAAUGCCCUCUCCUGAUAUGCUGACUUUUAUUAAAACUUGGUGAUCCCUUCUGUUUUGGAACAAAAUGAAACUUUUUUUGUCAGUUUAAAUGACAAAACAGGAAGUUAGAAGAAUUUCUGUUUCCUGAAAAAAAAAGAACCCUGAUUUCACAAAAACACGAGUGUAAUCAGUCAUUCGUGGCUGUGUUUGAUGCUCUUUCUCUGCUACUAUUCUCAUUUUACUCUUUAACUCUUAAAGCGCUAGCUGUACUGUAAAGUAUAUGCAUGUGGCCUUUAAACACAGAUUCAGAAUCAGAUUAUAUGCUGGAGAGGAAGGACGUGCUGCUUUGACUCACUGACUCUUCCUGUUGUGUUGUCACAUUGGUUUCCGUGUGUUUCGACAAGCAAAGUGAAAGAUGAUGAUCCGAUAUGCUCUGCUGGUGGUUGAAACGCGACUGAUCAUCUGAACACUCUAACUACAGAUUGCUACUGUGGCCUUGAACCAAUUUAACAACUCUUGUUGUGCUGCCACAGUGACUCGUCUGAGAGGGAAGGAGAAGUGACGUUGUGAAUUAAAACGUUUUCUGCAUUGCUUAA